AUGAGCGGCGAAGAGAACGCACAAAACAUCAAGACUGGAGGUCUAGGUCGUCCAAGCGAGUCUGUCACUCACACGCCGCCAAGCUCACCGCCGCCAGCAAUGAAAAAGCAGCAGAACAAGAAGAUGGGCCCACCAUCUGUUCCAGCGUCGGCAUCGAGAAAACGUUCCGUCGACGAGAUGCACGACGACCCGCAUUCUGCUGCAGGCUUCCAGGCACCUGAUGCUGAUCUUGCUCCACUUGCUCAGGGCAAGGAUGACAUCUCGAUUGACUCUCAAUCGAUCAAGCAGUCAGACUCACAGACAGAGGCCUAUGCGGCGAAGGCUUGGAAAGCGGCACCGGGGCCAUCUACUACCCCGACGCAGUCGCAACAGCUACCACGGUCUGGGCAGGGUUCUCAGAUACCUCGUCCGGAAUCGGCAUCCGGCACUAAGCCUGCCAAACCAUCUGCAACAGAGAACGAAGAAAGAGAGGCCGAUGCGUCCGACUCAGAGGGCCACGAUGAGCCGCAAGAUCGCAUCGAAGGUUUCGACUGGGACGGCCUUGCACGACGAUACCACGAUAAGAUGCAUGAUUUCAGUGUGAAGGAGCAGCAAAUUCUCCAUGACUUCGCUGCUCUCGUGAACUACUUCAACACAUGGGCGAAAGCCGGCAGCGAGAAAGAUACUGAUCGAAGCUACAAGCGAUUGAAGACGCAAUUCACAUACGUCGGGCACGAGGAGGAAGAGCUGGAGAACAAACGGCAGCACUAUGUCAAGGUCGUCGAGGCAUUCAAGACUGUCGCCACGAUGCUCAACGACCCUGUCGUCUCUCAGGGUCAUGCUAUCGUCGUCCAAGAGAAGCCCGUGCCGAAGGCGAGACCUUCGUCGCUGCCACCCAAGCGUCACAAGCAAUCUGAACCGCGAAUCUCUUUGGACGACUACGGUCCUCAGUCCCUGAGCCGGGACGACGUCGCUGAUCAUGGUUGUUGGAACUUCCCUGCCAGUCGCUGCGCCAUUCAAUGA